AUGGCUGCAGCGUUAGCCAGCUCCCUUAUUCGGCAGAAAAGGCAGGCGAGGGAGCGGGAGAAAUCUAAUGCCUGCCGCUGCGUUAGCAGCCCGAACAAGACGAAGCCAUGCGAGAAACCGAGCCGGCUGUCUAUGUUCUCUCGGGUCAAACUCUUUGGCUCCAAGAAGAGGAGACGGAGGCGACCAGGUCUGUUUUGGGUGUAGAUCAUUUCGUUAGACCAUCACAAUUCAUAUGUUUGAUUUCUGUUGCCAUUUCCUCUGUUUCAUCAUCACUUUCACCAACUCUGCUCUGUUCGCCAAAUAUCAGGGGCACUGGACAACCAAAGUGGCUAUAUAGGUAUAGGAAAAACGGUAAAAUGAAUAAAUGAUUUGAUAUAUAUAUAUAUAUAUAUAUAUAUAUAUAUAUAUAUAUAUAUAUAUAUAUUAUCAAUAGAAUGUUAAUCAAAAUCUAUAAAUACAGAUUUAGAUCACAGGAAAGACAGUGAGAAGGUCUCCCUAUGGAUAUGUGUUUUAGUUCAUGCACAAAAGGGUGACCUAUGACAUUUCAGACUGUACUUAAUAACUACCUAAGUUAUGUAUUAUAUUGUGCUUUAUCCCUCAGUGUCUGCUCAUGUAAUCCCAGGUGGGCCAGGACAAUAGAGCCAGAUAAACAGGAUUAGAGUAUAACACAAGCCCACUGUGGUCUUUAAAUAUCAUUGGCAUGCUUAUGUCUGUUGUCUGAAUCCACAAUGAGCAAGCUUCAAAAAGCCUCUAUGCAGAUAUAUUGCUUUGGAGUACUAUAAUGGGACGCAGGAUGUACAGCAGGCACCCAAGCAUUUUAAUCGUUUCGUGUAAUUUCACCAAGUGUAGAAAAUGAUGAAGGAUAUUUAUACUUUUCUGAAGAAUAUGUCAAACACAAUUUGUGAAGUUUAGCACAUCCUGUACACAUGUAUUCAACUUAAUAUUUUUUGGAUUUCAAAACCAACCAGCAAAAACUUCCAGGGACAUUUUCUGUACAGACAGUGCAGUAUAGUCCGCUGCCUGUACUUCAGAGCUGUGCUCUAACAGAAAACUGAUAAGGCAUCCCAAGAGAGCUCUCAGUCCCUGCAGUAUAUUCCGCCAAGGUGCGAUUCAUGUAGUUAGUGAAGGCUUAGCCUCCACUGCUGCUUACAGCGUCCAGACAGAACCACAUCCACAACCAGAACCAGACAUGCACAACCAGCACCAGAGUAGAGAGUCAAACAGACCAGCUUGCGUUUGACCAUUAGCUGUGCUACAUCUCCGCACUACCUUAUGGCUGGUUCUCUGUAAUGUUUACAAAGCUACAAAGCCGUGGCCCUUGGUUAAUGAGCACCGCUGAGGUUUGCUGAGCGUGACUCAGCCCUGUGCUUUCAGACCUAAAUGAUCUCCAGUUAAUUCCUCUCCCAUCAAGUUCACAGGCUGUUUCAGGCUGUUUUGGAAGUGCAUUAUGCAGGUGGGGGUGGAGUGGAGGAGAUUGGGGGUGCAUUGCUCGGGCAGCUGGGGCUAAGCUACCCUGCAGUGUUCCAUCAGAACUGGACACACACCAUGAUACCAGCCAGUACACUCUAUCACCUCCCCUCAUCCCCUCUUCCCCCUCCCUGAGGCAGGACUGUAGAGUCGGGAGGGGACGGGGACAGGGAGUGUGUGGUUUACGUAACACAUAUGUGGAACCUCAGAGGACGCAAGAUACUUUUCUGUUGCGGCUAUGGGAGUGUUUUUGGGUGUGGAUGUGUUUGGGUGUGGAUGUGUUUUGGUGUGAAUGUGUUUGGGUGUGUCAGUGAGUGUGUGAGAUGAGAUCCCUGAGCAUGUCUCCUGGUAGAAAAAGCCGCCCGCUGAUUUCACCUUGUGGCACCAUUCUCUGUCUCUGAUACAUUGUUUCCUUGUGAUGUAACACCUUGUGAAUGUGUGUUUUGAAGGUAACAUGGGAAUUUACAAAUAAAGAAGUCUUGCAAGCAAUUUCCUCCUCCAAUCCCCAUAUAUCAAUUCAAUGCACUUUAAGCAACAUUGAAGAAAUGGUCUUUAUGGCUUGUACAUUAACCCAGAUGGCUACCCAGCAUCACACUCAGAUUACUUACUUUGACAGUUUGGCGAAAGUCCCUGCCUUUGAAAAGACGUCAGCCUCCUGAUGUAUUGGUCUUAAAAGGUUCCAAUAGUAGGGAGCCAGUGGUGCAAAAAAUAGCCAAAGCAUGUGUACUGGCCAGGCGGUAACCUUUGUGAGGGUUGAAAUGGCAGUAUUGAAAGGUAAGGCAGAUGAAAGAGGGGAUGAAAGGUGUGGUAAAUCGCGGUAAAGGACAGUCCUCUAGGGAAAGGGACACGGGGAAAGGACAGUCCUCUAGGGAAAGGGACACGGGGAAAGGACAGUCCUCUAGGGAAAGGGACACGGGGAAAGGACAGUCCUCUAGGGAAAGGGACACGGGGAAAGGACAGUCCUCUAGGGAAAGGGACACGGGGAAAGGACAGUCUUCUAGGGAAAGGGACACGGGGAAAGGACAUUCCUCUAGGGAAAGGGACACGGGGAAAGGACAGUCCUCUAGGGAAAGGGACACCCGGAAAGGACAGUCCUCUAGGGAAAGGGACACGGGGAAAGGACAGUCCUCUAGGGAAAGGGACAUGGGGAAAGGACAGUCCUCUAGGGAAAGGGACACGGGGAAAGGACAGUCCUCUAGGGAAAGGGACACGGAAAGGACAGUCCUCUAGGGAAAGGGACACGGGGAAAGGACAGUCCUCUAGGGAAAGGGACACGGGGAAAGGACAGUCCUCUAGGGAAAGGGACACGGGGAAAGGACAGUCCUCUAGGGAAAGGGACACGGGGAAAGGACAGCUCUUAGUGGAACAUGACACACCAAAAUGUCAAGUUUGUGUCAUCAUAGACACUUCCAGUUCCAGGUUUUUCAAGUAUUUUUUUAUAUAAGAUAUAGGCCACCGCCUUCCCAACUAAAACCUCUUUAGAAGGAGUUUGAACUACUGACUUUGCUGAUCCAUUGGCUAGCAGAAUUUGUACUUUUUAAGAGGGCACUCUAAUUUAGUUGUUUAAUUUCUUUGGAUGGCAUAGAUGGACUGAAUUUUUUCCCCACUAUACGUGGCCAUCCAUUACACCAUAGAAGGAAGUUGGAUACCCCAUAUCUUAAGACAUGGCAUUUUCACUAGGGAGCACACAAACAUGAUAUGGACAGUGGACAUUUAAAAAAAUCUAACAGUGCUUAUCCUAGAUAAAUAUUUACUCUUACUCUCAAGCACAUGCUCUCCGUUUAAUCCUCUCUGGUGCAGCCACAGGCCCCUUUGGAAUAAACCCAGACUUCCUUUCUAGUCUCCCUAGUCCUUCCCUGUUCCUGUGUGUGGUAGAGAUAGGAACUGUUUGCUCAUACGCCAGUAUCCAUGGCUUGAUCUUCUAGACAUCAGCAGAGAUGUGUUUGCACUGGUCUCUUGAGCCUUUGGAGAGCUGAGAAUGUGGUUACGCUGGACCUAUUGGAGCAGGACUGGGGGACUGGUUAGUUACUUAAGCAAUAAAGCCCAAGGGGGUGUGGUAUAUGGCCAAUAUACCACGGCUAAGGGCUGUUCUGACGCACAACGCAACAUGGAGUGCCUGGAUACAGCCCUUAGCCGUGGUAUAUUGGCCAUAUACCACAAACCCCAGAGGUGCCUUAUUGCUAUUAUAAACAGGUUACCAACAUAAUUAGAGCAGUACAAAUAAAUGUUUUGUCGUACCUGUGGUAUACGGUCUGAUAUACAACGACUGUCAGCCAAUCAGCAUUCAAGGCUCGAAACACCCAGUUUAUAAUGUGAUUUAUAACCUAGCGUGCCAGACUUAUAGGAUAGGAUAUCUUGUUAUAAGAUACAUGGCUGGUGGAUGGGUGAACAAGGAUUCUGUGUGGGCACAACUCUAGUAUCAUCUCACCCUACCCCAAUCCAUUUGGAGAGGGGGCACAAAACUGAACUGAAAUCAGCACCUUGAUUAUACAAUUUACAUCAGCAUCUUGAUGCAACUUCAUCUUUCUUCAGGAAUGAGACAAGCCUUGAUGCAGGAUCAGAGCCUGUAUCCAAUCUCACACUCCCCCUCUUCUCCCUCCUCCCUCUCUCCCCCUCUCCUCAGAACCCCAGUUGAAGGGGAUCGUGACGAAGCUGUACAGUCGACAGGGCUUCCACCUGCAGCUGCAAGCAGAUGGCACCAUUGACGGGACGAAGGAAGAGGACAAUGGCUACAGUAAGUCCUCUGCUCGGCUGACACCAGGGACAUAUUCAUUAGGGCAGUGGUUCCCAAACUGGGCUAAAAAUAAUACUAAUAAAUCAAAUAGAAUCGUUUUAUAUAAAUAUUUCUAGCAACAACAGAUUAAACGAUUUUGGCCAAGGGGUCGGUGGAACAAGUUUAGAGGGUGCAAAACAAUUCAAUAUUAUUAAUCUACAAUAUAGGCUACCCUUAGAUGCACAACAGGGUCUGAGAGGCUCACAGGGAUCCACAGUACUUCAUCAAUUAUCCAUUUUUUUACUCAAUACUUCUUGUAUUCCUCACAAAAAUGGUUUUGAACAUAAAUGCACUGUAAUUUAAGCUUUAAAACUGAAAAAUGGUCUCUCUGCCCCAUGGGAAAAUGUGUAGAAUUGCAGGACAUUACCUUGGAAACUGCAAUUUUUUCUCUCCGAUACGAAGUCAGAGUUGUGUUCUGAUUUUGAGGGGGUUCCUGAUGAAUUUGCUAUCACAAAAGGGGUCCCCCGGCCUCAAAAAGUUUGGGAAACCCUACAUUACAGCACAUCGUAGCAAAACAUUUUGCAACGGAAAACGAAAACUAGCAUUUGUUAUUGGACAAAUUCAGGUAGUCCCGUCCUUUUUCAGACAGUUUUCUUCCGUUGGGUGUCUAAUGAAAACAACCUUGUCAAUCAACCUAACCCAUCUACUCCAUGCUGAUUCCAGACUAUCAUAUUUCCCCUGUACAUAAACCCGGUCAUCAGUAACUGUGCAUCAACACAGUAAAUAGUGUAUCGGCACAGUAACAUCAAAUAAAAUGUCCUGGCUGAUUCCGUUUCAAAGAAGAAGCGCACAGCAUUGAUCUGUACAUUCUGCAUGCUGUACUAAGUUGUUGCUGAAAUUGUUUCUCACUCCACUGCUACACAUGUUUACUGCAUAUCUCCUCACUCGCUCAUACAGAUAGACUUACGCUGAGCCUACAAAACAUUAAGAACACAUGCACUUUCCAUGACAUAGACUGACCAGGUGAAUCCAGGUGAAAGCUAUGAUCCCUUAUUGAUGUCACUUGUUAAAUCCACUUCAAUCAGUGUAGAUGAAGGGGAGGAGACAGGUUAAAGAAUGAUUUUUAAGCCUUAAGACAAUUGAGACAUGGAUUGUGUAUGUGUGUGGGGUGAAUGGGCAAGACAAAAUAUUUAAGUGCCUUUGAACAGGGUAUGGCAGUAGGUGCCAGGCGCACCGGUUUGUUUCAAGAACUGCUUCGCUGCUGGGUUUUUCAAGCUAAACAGUUUCCCGUGUGUAUCAAAAAUGGUCCUGGUCCACCAUCCAAAGCACAACCAGCUAACUUGACACAACUGUGGGAGGCAUUGAAGUCAACAUGGGCCCCUGUGGAAUGCUUUCAACACCAGGGGGUGGGGGGGGGGAUAAUAUUAAGAAGGUGUUCCUAAUGUUUUGUACACUCAGUAUAUUUGGUUCAGUCUAUUUGGAUCCUUCAUCGGAAUUAGAAUCCCAUAUUAUCCCUUCCUCAGAUUUUCUAAAGCCUUUGAGAUGUGUGAGACAAACAAUAGAAUGGAAAGUGGCUUACAGCAAUGAUAUGGAGCAUUAGAUUGUGCUUAGGGAGAUCAGUACAGCGGCUGAUUGGCUUUUUUAAUCUGUUACAGACUUUAGUAAUACCAGGCUUUUUGUAAUCCACACAUUAUUGAUAGUUCACUACCAGUACUCCCACUGCUCAGGGUGCUAUGUUCUUCAAUGGGCAGAUUAAAGCAGAGAUCGAUAGCAAAACAACAGCAUACAUCCACCAAGCCCAAACACAAUCCAAUACAUGUGGAUAGGUAGAUAUUAGAUAGAUGUACAGACUGGUGGAUGUUUGAGGGCCUCUGCACAUGGAGAGUCCCAGGGUUUCUGUGCAGGCUGUUAGAAAGGCACUCGUCCUGAUCGCGGCACAGUGACUAUUUACUGACAGCUGCUUCCUGCUUUGUAAUUGCUGGCAACAGUGUUGGAUGUCAUAUAAUGUUGUGACAUUAUGACGCUCCUCAGUAAAAACACCACAUUAAGAAAAAAUGGACAAAUGUUGUUAUAGGAACAACAGUCCUACCCUGUCCUGAUAAGACCUCUACUAGAGUUGCCUUGACAGAGUGGUAGGUAGACUAUUAUCAGGCCCAGAGCGCUAUUCCCUUCCAGCCUUGGCGCGACUCGUAAGUGCCCGCCCGGUGCCCGUGCCUCAUGGCGCCGCGUGGUUCGUUGUCAGGGCACUAAUGUAAUACCUGCUGCUGCCUGCAUCACCAUCACCCCGACAGUAAACGAAUGUGGCAUUCCAGGAGACUGUAAAUUAGCCCCGACUAUAUUCAAUUAGUCACUUAAGCCAGAUGACACUCCUAUAACACAAAUUAACACCCGUUCUGUGCAGCUUGCGUGUCAGCUGGAGCAAUAACAGACUCGGUAAUCGUCUGGUUUUAUUAUGUUGCCGUCGCGGGGAGGAGAGGGGGGAGGAGAGGGGGGAGGGAUGUGGGAGGAGGGAGAUGUGAAUAACAUAGAGGGGAGUGAGCGUACUUAGAGAAAAGAGAAUGAACACAACACACUCACUGAAGGCACAACACACACCAACCACUCCCCACUCCCAUGUCUCCUAGUGCUGGUUAGAUAGACCCGUUAACAGUUACAGUCCUAUUAAGAUACGUUAUGUAACAAUUGGCCUGCUUUUCCCAACCAAAACAUUUCCACUUGGAAGAUACAAAUUAUAGAUCUGGCUGAAUAAGAAGGGGAGAAAAGUGAAGCUGUUUGCACCGGUCCAAAAAUAGCAUUGUUAGGCGCUGUGUGCUCUUGUCUCCAUGGUGAUGGGAGCGCAGUCCUCUCUGAGCUAUGGUGCCUUGUAAUGGUGGGAGAGGAGCUACUCAAAUGCAAGCGCACGCGCACACACACACACACACACACACACACACACACACACACACACACACACACACACACACACACACAAACAAACAAGCAUUCUAACAUUGCUGAGGUAGCACUCAUGAAUAUACAGCAGUGUUCAUUGAUGUUUUCUUUUAGUUUUGUUUACCAAAUCCAGAGCAGCCCAACUUUUGCUCUAUCUGGGCAGGUAAUUGUUUGAGCAUGGAAUUAUUUGAGAUAUCAGGGGGAUAUUAACUUUUAAAGCAGUAUUUAAAAUCAGGCAGGCUUCAUUAGAGAGGCAAAUGAAAAUCAAGCAUUGAAUUAACAAAUCCUUUUAACAUUAAAACAAUGUUUUCUUUUUCUACAUUCUGAACCAUUAUGCAAAAUAUCGUCCAGCGCAUACUAAUUCAUUUCCACAUUUCCAAAGAAGGAGCACCGAUUCAAGACAUUCUCAAAGGUGAUUCCUCUUUCUCCUCUCUGUCAUAACACUGCUUAAAUUGGGUUAUGCCCUUAAACCAAGAUUCACACACAUUAAUCUAAUUGGCUAAUCAAUGGCUUGGGGUUGGGAGGCGAAGCCUUUGUCCUCAUGUAGAUUUGAAUCUGUGUUAAUUUGUCCCUCCUCUCUCUCUGUAUCUUGAGCAGUAAUGUUAAUGCUGAUGAUCUGAGGUCUGCUUUGUUCCUUCAUAAUCAUCUCCUAUAUGAAUGGUUCUCAGACAGUACAGUACAGAAACAGAGGGUUUGAAGUAGAACAAUACCAUAAGAUGUAGUCACGUGUUGAACGUAGUUAGUCUCUUAUCAGGACAGGGCAUGUGUCUUACUGUUAUGUACGUGUUGAACCUCAGCUGUUCUGUGAGAUACAAGUAAUUGAGUUUCCCCUCUCGAAAAUCCCAGGCGGCCGAUUGGCUGGUAAUCCCCCUGAAAUGAAGUUUACCGCAGCUGUGUGAGGGUCUCAGCACGCAGCGAACAGACAAAGAGAGAGAAAAGGAGAGAGAGGGGAAGAGGUAAAGCGAGCAUUAUUAAGGGGAAAUAUCCCUUUGUGCUGCAGGGGGAUGAGCAGUAGCAGGAAUGGGGUCGCCUAUACCAUGAUGGAAGUGGAAUCCUGUCUAUGCCCAUACUGAUACUUUCAACAACAACAAAAAACUUUAGCUACAUCAACUAAAAGAAACGUACAAACAUGACCCACAAAGUACUUCCUUCCACACUCACGUCAGUGAGUUUAAGUCCACCUACCUGAAAGCCAGUUACACCACACAUAGAGCCUCUGAAAAUAGCAGUAGCAUACUGUACCAAAGGUAUGUGGACACCUGCUCGUCGAACAUCUCAUUCCAAAAUCAUGGCCAUUAAUAUGGAGUUGAUCCCUCCUUUGCUGCUAUAACAGCCUCCACUCUUCCGGGAAGGCUUUCCACUAGAUGCUGGAACCUUGCUGUAGGGACUUGCUUCCAGCCACAAGAGCAUUAGUGAGGUCGGGCACUGAUGUUGGGCGACUAGGCCUGGCUCGCAGUCGGCAUUCCAAUUCAUCCCAAAAGUGUUCGAAGGUGGCAUUGUCAUGCUGAAACAAGAAAGGGCCUUCCCCAAACUGUUGCCACAGUUGGAAGCAAAGAAUCGUCUAGAAUGUUAUUGUAUGCUGUAGCGUUAAGAUUUCCCUUCGCUGGAUCUAAGGGGCCUAGUCCGAACCAUGAAAAACAGCCUCAGACCAUUAUUCCUCCCCCACCAAACGUUACAGUUGGCACUAUGCAUUGGGGCAGGUAGUGUUCUGCUGGCAUCCGCUAAACCCAGAUUCGUCCGUCGGACUACCAGAUGCUGAAGCCUGAUUCAUCACUCCAGAGAAUGCGUUUCCACUUCUCCAGAGUCCAAUGGAGGCGUGAUUUACACCACUCCGGUUGAAUGGCGGGAACCCGGUUACCGAGAUGUAGCGGGAUUUACAGCCCAAAACCACUCCCUUUUUCCCAGAGAAAUAACUAAGAGAAACCGGUAAAUUAAAAUACAUUAUUUAUAUGAACAGCAUGGUGUGAAAUGGAACUGUAAAAUUAAAUGUGAUGUCUAAAUCUGGCCUCUGCAUGAUGAAUCAUCAAUGCUCAGGGUGGGGACAGACAGCCCAUCUCAGAUUGGAGCGCAGUUCACAAUGCAUGUAGACCUAUCAUCUCAUCAUGGUAACUUUGUUUCUUGUGACAGGUAGGCCUGCAUUUGCUGCAGCAUAGCCUAAGCUACAGUAAUAUAAAGACCGAAUGCAAGUCUAAUUUACCCAUCUCCAUCUGGCUUUCAGGGGUCACCUUCGUUUUUUAAUUGUAAAGAUACAGUUGAAAUCGGAAGUUUACAUACACCUUAACCAAAUACAUUUAAACACAGUUUUUCACAAUUCCUUACAUUUAAUCCUAGUAAAAAUGCCCUGUCUUAGGUCAGUUAGGAUCACCACUUUAUUUUAAGAAUGUGAAAUGUCAGAAUAAUAGUAGAGAGAAUUAUUUAUUUCAGCUUUUAUUUCUUUCAUCACAUUCCCAGUGGGUCAGAAGUUUACAUACACUCAAUUAGUAUUUGGUAGCAUUGCCUUUAAAUUGUUUAACUUGGGUCAAACAUUUCGGGUAGCCUUCCACAAGCUUCCCACAUUAAGUUUGGUGAAUUUUGGCCCAUUCCUCCUGACAGAGCUGGUAUAACUGAGUGAGGUUUGUAGGCCUCCUUGCUCACACACGCUUUUUCAGUUCUGCCCACAAAUGUUCUAUAGGAUUGAGGUCAGGGCUUUGUGAUGGCCACUCCAAUACCUUGACUUUGUUGACCUUAAGCCAUUUUGCCACAACUUUAAAAGUAUGCUUGGGGUCAUUGUCCAUUUGGAAGACCCAUUUGCGACCAAGCUUUAACUUCCUGACUGAUGUCUUGAGAUGUUGCUUCAAUAUAUCCACCUAAUUUUACUUUCUCAUGAUGCCAUCUAUUUUGUGAAGUGCACCAGUCCCUCCUGCAGCAAAGCACCCCCACAGCAUGAUGCUGCCACCCCCGUGCUUCACAAUUGGGAUGGUGUUCUUCGGCUUGCAAGCCACCCUCCUUUUCCUCCAAACAUAACGAUGGUCAUUAUGGCCAAACAGUUCUAUCUUUGUUUCAUCAGACCAGAUGACAUUUCUCCAAAAAGUACGAUCUUUGUCCCCAUGUGCAGUUGCAAACCUUAGUCUGGCUUUUUUAUGGCGGUUUUGGAGCAGUGGCUUCUUCCUUGCUGAGCGGCCUUUCAGGUUAUGUCGAUAUAGGACUCGUUUAACUGUGGAUAUAGAUACUUUUGUACCUGUUUCCUCCAGGAUCUUCACAAGGUCUUUUGCUGUUGUUCUGGGAUUGAAUUGCACUUUUCGCACCAAAGUACGUUCAUCUCUAGGAGACAGAACGCGUCUCCUUCUUGAGCGGUAUGAUGGCUGCGUGGUCCCAUGGUGUUUAUCCUUGUGUACGUACUAUUGUUUGUACAGAUGAACGUGGUACCUUCAGGUGUUUGGAAAUUGCUCCCAAGGUUGAACCAGACUUGUGGAGGUCUACAAUUUUAUUUCUGAGGUCUUGGCUGAUUUCUUUUGAUUUUCCCAUGAUGUCAAGCAAAGAGGCAUUGAGUUUGAAGGUAGGCCUUGAAUACAUCCACAGGUACACAGUCAACUUAGUGUAUGUAAACUUCUGACCUACUGGAAUUGUGAUACAGUGAAUUCUAAGUGAAAUAAUCUGUCUGUAAACAAUUGUUGGAAAAAUGACUUGUGUCAUGCACAAAGUAGAUGUCCUAACCGACUUGCCAAAACUAUAGUUUGUUAACAAGAAAUUUGUGGAGUGGUUGAAAAACUAGUUUUAAUGACUCCAACCAACAAGUGUAUGUAAACUUCCGACUGUAUGUAUAUUUUUAAAUUGCUGCUGCAGAGUUUAAAACAGCUUAUCACUCAAAUAUUGUUACAUUAAAUCAGUGCACACAGGAGCACUCUCUCGCAGUCUUUCUCUCUCUCCAGCAACUCCAUUAAAAUUGCAUCCAAAAUAGAUAGUCCUGUUCUAGAUUGAUAUAUAGCCCUACAGUAUAUACAGAUGUCCUAACCUACCUCUUUCAGGUAAUAAAUUGAAUGCAGCAUUAGCCUUAUAUUUAGCUAAUUAAUGAUGGGUUUUGCAUAAUAAACUUCUAACUUAUAGCCUUGGUCUCUUGUGCAAUACGCACGCACCUGUGCUCCGCUGGCCUCUCCUUAAAAAAACGUCCCAUGCAGGAAAAGCUAGACUAGAAAAGCUUGCUGGACAUUAUUUUUGUAAUAAUUUCUUAUACCAAUAGACUAUUCAAAGAAGGACGCAAGCUCUUGUUUUCUGAAUGUUAAAUACAGCAGCCAAUAAAACUCACAGGUAAUUUGAAAGAAGAGCGAUCAUGCGAUGGCGGUAGGCUACAGCAGUUAUUUAUUCAGACCCAUAACCAUUCAAUCUUCGGGAAGAGAAGUGAAAGCCUUCUGCAUCUAAUUCUAGUCCUAUAUUAUUCAAGGAUGUCAUUAUAAUGAUGAAGAUAAGGACAACGCAACUUAUUUCAUUUAACUGUUGAAAGCGAGGAACGAAUGAAGCAACAGAGAGAGAAAGAGGAGGUAGGCUAAUAACAUUAGGGGAAAUAUUAUGAAAGGUACAUAUGCGUCAGUCUGCUAAUUAUACAAAUAGGCCCUCCUGUAUUGUCUUGGCGGUGUGCUUAGGGUUGUUGUCCUGUUGGAAGGUGAACUUUCGCCCCAGUCUGAGGUCCUGAGAGCUCUGGAGCAGGUUUUCAUCAAGGGUCUCUCUGUACUUUGCUCCAUUAAUCUUUGCCUCAAUCCUGACUAGUCUCCCAGUCCCUGCCGCUAAAAAACAUCCCCACAGCAUGAUGCUGCCACCACCAUGCUUUACCGUAGGGAUGGUGCCAGGUUUCCUCCAGAUGUGACGCUUGGCAUUCAGGCCAAAGAGUUCAAUCUUGGUUACAUCAGACCAGAGAAUCUUGUUUCUCAUGGUCUGAGAGUCUUUAGGUGUCUUUUGGCAAACUCCAAGCGGGCUGUCAUGUGGCUUUUACUUAGGAGUGGCUUCCGUCAGGCCACUCUACCACGAAGGUCUGAUUGGUGGAAUGCUGCAGAGAUGGUUGUCCUUCUGGAAGAUUCUCCCAUCUCCACAGAGGAACUCUGUAGCUCUGUCAGAGUGACCAUCGGGUUCUUGGUCACCUCCCUGACCAAAGCCCUUCUCCCCAGAUUGCUCAGUUUGGCCGGGCGGCCAGCUCGACAAAACCCUGUCUCGGAGCUCUACGGACAAUUCCUUCGACCUCAUGGCUUUAUUAUUGCUCUGACAUGCACUAUCAACUGUGGGACCUUAUAUAGACAGGUGUGUACCUUUCCAAAACAUGCCCAAUCAAUUAAAUUUACCACAGAUGGACUCCAAUCGUUGUAGAAACAUCUCAAGGAUGAUCAAUGGAAACAUGAUACACCUGAGCUAAAUUUCGAGUCUCAUAGCAAAGGGUCUGAAUACUUAUGUUAAUAAGGUAUCUGUUUUUUAUUGUUGAUACAUUUGCAAACAUUUACAAAAAACCUGUUUUCACUUUGACAUUAUGGGGUAUUGUGUGUAGAUUGCUGAGGAUUUUUAUUUAUUUAAUAAAUUUUUGAAUAAGGCUGUAAUGUAAUAAAAUGUGGAAAAAGUCAAGAAGUCUGAAUACUUUCCGAAGGCACUGUAUGUAAUGGAUAACGGAACAAUCAUGUGGGCUUUUUUGGGCUUGGGCUUAUGACAUUUCUUUAAUGUAGGGCUCAUAAAAUGUAUUUAAUGUAUGGCUCAUCAGGCUCAGGUAGCAUCAGGCUUGAAUUUUCGAUCAAAGCUCUAAUCAAAUCCAGACAUAUUUAUAUGCUUUAUAAUGCUUUUGAAUGACACUUCCGGUUUUGGCGAGAAAUACUGGGUUACCCGGGAGAAAAGUGAUUUUUUCUCGGGAUGGAUAAUUUGUAAAAUAUUGGGAAAAUAUUCAACCCUAGUGUGGCUGAAAUAGCCGAAUCCACUAAUUUGAAAGGGUGUCCACAAACUUUUGUAUAUAUAGUGUAGCUAGCUGAUCCCAGAUCAGUUAUCUCUGUGGACAAGGCAGCAGAUGUGGCUCAGGGUGGAGGGCUCCAGUGGGACUGUGAUCAGCCCAGGUAUGCAGGGGAAGAGAGGAUGGAGGAGAGGAGAGGAAGGAGGAGACAAGAGACGGAGGGAAGAGAGGAGGAGAGGAGGACGACAGGAGAGCAGAGGGUGUAUUUACGGCAUCAUUCUGCAGUACUACCUCUAC